AUGCAACUCGUCAACUAUGCGGCUUGGAUUCCUGCUGAAAAGGCCAACCUCGUGGUCGCCACGGCGCCCUUCCCGGACCUCUCACCCGAUGAGCUCGUCAUCACGAACCGUGCCGUAGCUGUCAACCCCGUCGACUGGAAGAUCCAAGCCUCGGGUGGCUUCGGUCUCCAAUAUCCGGGCAUUCUCGGUGAAGACGUCGCGGGAGAAGUCCUGGAGGUGGGCAAGAAUGUGAAACGGUUCAAAAAGGGAGAUCGCGUCAUUGCCCACGCGUUGGGGCUCGGGACUGGGAAUGCCUAUGGCGGGUUUCAACUCUAUCCCCGGGCCAAGAUCGAGACGGUCGCCAAGAUUCCUGAUGACUUGGAUUUCAAGUCUGCGGUGGUGCUGCCGUUGAGUAUCUCGACUGCUGCGGCCGGCUUGUAUCUCAAGGGAACGCUGGGGCUGAAGUAUCCUGAGGUUGGGAAGAGACUGGCGGCCCGAACGUGGACGUUAGAAUGGGGAGAGGGAUCGGAUCUGGUUGUUGAGACGAUCAAGGAAAGGAGGGCGAAGAAGGACGCCGUGCUCCUCCUCUGGGGCGGGUCAUCAUCGGUCGGCUCGUCGGUCAUCCAACUCGCUGUGGCAUCAGGCUACGACGUUAUCACCACGGCGUCCCCAGCAAACUACUCCUACUGUAAAGACCUGGGAGCCUCGCUAGUGCUCGACUACCACAACCCCGACAUCAUACCGAUACUGAUCUCACUGCUGAAAGAAAACGGUGCACCUGUUGUCGGCGCGUACGACGCUAUCGGAACCGACGCAACCGUCCGGCAAUGCGCUGCGGUCUUGCACGGUCUGGGAGGUGGUGGGACGGUAGCGAGCGUGGUCUCUACACCGGAUCGUCUCCCAAAAGGCGUCAAGGCGGCGAGAAUCUCAAGCACCAACAUUGUGAGCCAGGAAGACGGCGUUGUUGCAAAGAAAAUAUGGGGCGACUAUGUGCCCGCGGCCUUACAGGACGGGUCGUUGAAGGCGGCUCCGGCAGAGCUCGUGGUAGGUAAUGGGUUGUAUUUUGUGCAAGGCGGCCUUGACAGGCAGAAGAGCGGAGUGAGUGCGCGGAAGGUUGUUAUAACGCUGUGA